AUGCAAUUCGAUUCGUUCGUGAGUGCUGGGAAGGGUGCGCGCGCCGCCGACCACUCAGCAACUGAGUACCGCUGGAGAUUUCCAGCGGCGCGCCUGCGCCCCCGCAGGAACAUACAUAGUGUAAGGAAAAAGCGCGCAGGAGCGGGAGGGGCGGGGUAUCCAGAAAUGGCUGCGCAGGUGCUGCGGUGUCACGUAACGAAACACACUUACCGCGAUCUCAUCCUCGAUACGGGUGACGUUGAGGAGAGGCUUGACCUUCUGCCACAACUUCCACCAGGGCCAGGUGCGGAGCUGCAGCUUCUUGUAUUCCUUGCGGGACAGGUAACCACGGAUGUAAGCUUGGAGCCAAGACACGAUCUUGGACAGCCUGUCAUCACGCAACUCCUCCAUCUGACCCAGGACACCAGCGCGGAAGAAGACCUGCUCGCCCAAGUAAUGUGUUCGGGCACAGAAUUUUGUAUCUGCGUUGAGGAGUAUACAAAAAAUGAUAACAUAGUGUAUAAUGUGUGUGUUGGAAAAGUAAAGGGUAAAGGUAAAGGGAACACAAACAGGAGCCUGCGUAUCAAGACUCUAAGGGUUAGCAGCUUAAGGGUUCCUAUUGUCAAAUCAAAUCACCAGUCUUAUAUGGUGCUGUAG